UUUCUGUUGUUUGAAUGGGUUGGUAGCUAAGCUUACUGGAAUAAGGAAGCUAUUUAUCUCACAUAACAAGAUAAUAAUUUUAUAGAAUUACCAAUAAACAAAUUGUUUUGUAUGGCAAAUAUUAUUCUAAGGCUGUACUGAAGGUUACGUCCUCCUCGCUACAAUAACUUUCAAUUGGCUUUUUAUCUAGUAACAAACAGUUACGUUAUCAGUGAUAACUUAUCAUUCAUCAUUAAAACAUAAAAAUCCGUCUGUUCAUCUCCAACCUACAAGAUGGUUAUUAAAGUGUACGUUUCAAGUGUUUCCGGCAGUAUGGAAUUAACUUCCAGAAAAAAAUCAGUAGAAAGGACUUUGGAGAUGGCCAAAAUUAACUUCAACACAAUCGAUAUUAGUCAAGAUGCGAACGCAGAGGAGUACAAGUUCAUGUUAGAACAUGCGACUCAAAUGGGUGCCACGAGCAUGUGCCCCAACCCCAAGGUUCCACUGCCACCACAAAUAUUUAACGAAGAUGUUUAUUGUGGGGAUUAUAACGCCUUUGAUGCAGCAGUCGAACUUGGUGAACUAAAAUCAUUUUUAAAAUUGGAUAAAGAUGAAAACAAUGAAAGUUAAAA